AUGCCGGAAUGGGUGGCUAAGCUAAUUCCGCAAUGGUUAAACCACGUUACCCAUACUUUACCCGUACUUUAUGUCGGAUUCGAUCUGCUGACUGUUCGGAGAAGCCCGCCGCCACAUGGGAAAUCGCUACAGAUGGCUGGACUGCAUGUUCUUGUUUACUUCCUUAUAAUUAUGGCCGUUCGAUUCUUUGAUGGCUACUGGCUCUACCCUCUCUUAGAGAUACUCCCGUGGGAGGCUUUUAUUGGAACUUUUGUAGUAUCCAUACUAGGGUACUACGCUCUAAUUAGAAUCGCAGUUUUCUUCUCUUCGUGUAUUCACGGUGAGUCGACCCAAGAUUUGAUUGAUUGUUCCAAUUCUUUGGCAAUGGGCGGGGCCGCAUCGCCGCGCCGCAGCCACGACGCAGGCGAUAGUCGGUGUCCAAAUCACAGCCCUCUUUUGUAA